UAUUUACAUAGAAAAAUGUUUACAGAAAGGACACAACUUUACAUACACUGGAGAGAGAUAAUAGAAUAAUAUACAAUAUAUAUAGAAUAUAUUAUAGAUAUAUAUUAUAGAAUGUAUUCUCCAAUACUCUAAUAAGUACAACCAAGAAGAACGUGCUUCGAUUUAUUGCUUCCAACUAAUUUUUAAUAGAUUUUAAUUGUUGGUAUAAUUGUAUUUUUCUCAAGAGAAAAUAUAAAAAGUUUUUUAUCUAUGAAAUUUAAUGUAAAGCUUUCUUUUUGGUUGAACUGCAUUAUACAAAAUAAAACUUUAUCUAAUUUCUAUUUUAAAUCUUUCAUGUAAUAUAAAUAUAAUAAUUUAUGCCAACUAAUUGCAACAAUUAAAUCAUUACCUCAAUAUUAUUUAAUAAUUAAACAAAUGUGUUUUGACAAGUAUUGUUCAUAAUCUGUUGAUUCGACUAUGAAAAUUAAGAUAUAUGAGAGUAAAAAGAUUUAUGACAGUGAAUUAGGAUAUAUGAUAGUUAAAAAUAAAAAAAUAAAGCACCUAACACAUAAGUAUAUCUUGUAAUAGACAAGCAAAAAUAUAGAUGUAAAUAGAAAUUUAAAAAUUUAUGAUGCAAUUCAAAAGUAUGAAACAUAUUCAAUUAAAAUACUAAUUUCAUUGUCAACAAUAUAAUAUAAGUAUAAAUAUUUAAAGAAAAGUAAAACAAAUGUUUGAUUUAAAUUUGCAUUAUAAAUAUGUUUAUUAUAAUAUUAAGAAACGAGUUUAUUCAAUUUUUAUAAACAGAUUGUGUAAUUGCUUUUCAAGGCUAUUAUAUUUUUCUAUGUAAAACCGGUUUGACUACUUCAACUCGUGACUCGAGCAACUCUCUCUGCGCUAUGAUAAUUUAAAAUCAGUGAUUUCUCGACAUCAUAAGAGAUCAAAGUAGUAAAUAAUUUUGUAAAUAUGUAUAGAGAUCUUAGAAGAAUUUUCAAAUUUCAAAAUAUUAAAUGGAAUAACAGCCGGAGAGUAAAUUCUUUGGCUGCUUAUAUAGAAUCUGAAUUGGCAGCGAUGGUACAAGCCGGUACAUGGAAAAAUGAGCGGAUAAUUACUUCGCCCCAAGGAACAAAGAUCACUCUAUUAAAUGGGAAGAAAGCGCUCAAUUUUUGCGCGAACAAUUAUCUAGGUCUAGCGGAUAACAAGGAUGUUAUUAAUGCUGCGAAAAUUGCUUUGGAUAAAUACGGCGCCGGUUUGAGUUCUGUGAGAUUCAUAUGUGGAACGCAGGAAAUACAUGUCGAAUUAGAAAAAAAGAUUGCCAUAUUCCAUGGUAGGGAAGAUACGAUACUUUAUGCAUCUUGCUUCGACGCAAAUGCUGGUGUUUUUGAAACUCUGUUAACUGCUGAUGAUGCUGUAUUAAGUGACGAAUUAAAUCAUGCGUCUAUUAUUGACGGAAUACGAUUGUGCAAAGCAAAAAAAUACAGAUACAAGCACAGAGAUAUGACGGAUUUGGAAAGUAAGCUUCAAGAAAGCAAAUCAGCACGUUUACGACUUAUAGCAACCGAUGGCGUAUUUUCCAUGGACGGUACCGUUGCACCAUUGCCAAAAAUAAUCGAACUUGCUAAAAAAUACGAUGCUAUUACGUUCGUGGAUGAUUGUCAUGCUACUGGAUUCUUUGGUAAAACUGGCAGAGGUACAGAAGAGUACUUUGAUCAUCUAGGAAGUAUUGAUAUCAUCAACUCUACAUUAGGAAAAGCUCUCGGAGGAGCAGCAGGUGGUUACACGACUAGUAAAAAAGAGGUUGUCAAUUUGUUAAGACAAAGAAGCAGACCUUAUUUAUUCUCAAAUUCAAUGCCCCCAUCUGUAGUUGCAACAGCAAGUAAGAUAAUGGAUCUUAUAACGGAUAGCACGAGAUUUUUGGACUGUUUAGCAAGCAAUACUAAACAUUUUAGAAAUGCUAUGACCAAGGCUGGUUUUAUUAUCAGCGGUGAUAAUCAUCCUAUUUGUCCUGUUAUGCUAGGUGAUGCAAAAUUAGCAACAACAUUUGCAGAUAAAAUGAUGGAAAAGGGAAUUUAUGUCAUUGGAUUCAGCUAUCCUGUAGUACCAAAAGACAAAGCGAGAAUACGUGUUCAAAUUAGCGCAGCACAUUCGAUCGAAGAUAUAGACUGUGCUAUAAACGCUUUUAUACAAAUUGGAAAAGAACUUGCAGUGAUUUAAUACGUAUAUUUUUGAUGAUAUAAAAGAAAAAUAUUGAUAAAUAUUUUGUUUCAAAUAUGCAUUUUUUUUGUCUGUAUAUAUAUAUAUAUAUAUAUAUAUAUAUAUAUAUAUAUAUAUAUAUAUUAUUCUUUCUAAGCUAACUUGUAUAAAUUAAAUAUUGCAAAUACAUAGUGUGCGCAAA